AUGGACAUAGCCGAGGGAGAUAAAGUUUUAGAUAUGUGCGCGGCACCUGGAGGCAAAAGUCUUCUGGCGAUUCAGACUCAAUUACCUGCAAUGGUGGUAUGUAAUGACCACAAACUAAGUCGUCUGGGUCAGUUACGACGAGCGCUAUCGACAUAUAUUCCAUUGGAUUCGAAAACAGCCGAGCACGUUAUACUGAAGCGAAAAGAUGCAUCAAAUACAAAGGAAUGGGAUGAGUUGGGUAUUUAUGAUAAGGUUCUGUUGGAUGCACCGUGCUCAACAGAUCGACUCUCUGUGAAUCACGAUGAAGGAAAUAUGUUUUCGAUUUCAAUGACAACGCAGAGACUUAACUUACCGCAACUGCAAACUAAACUUUUGAUUAAUGCGUUACGAUCGGUUCGGUCAGGCGGUAGUGUGGUGUAUUCAACAUGCUCUCUGUCGCCGAUACAAAAUGAAGUGGUCGUCGAAAAUGCGGUAGCGAUUGCUAGGGAGCGAUUCGGCAUAGAGGCUGUCGAACUAACUUUAGAGCAACUUCGAGGGCAUUUGAUCUCAACGAGUCUGUUUCGAUUUUGUGAAAAUAUUCGAAGGGGUUUACUGGUAAUUCCCUUUUUACCGUCGAAUUUUGGCCCGAUGUACGUUUGUAAGCUGAAAAGAUUGUGA